AUGGUGCAAGCCCACACACCCGGCCUCAUGCCCAGCCUCAUGCCCGGCCUCAUGCCCGGCCUCAUCACCACCCACGUCCCCUACAUGCCACUGCACAUUACACCCAUCACAUGCCUGCUCGUCCCCGUCAUCCCCGCAAUGCUGCCGCCGGUAUCCAUUCACCGUCCCAUCCAGAUAAUCGUCCAGUACCACCCGCCGGCACCCCCGACCUGCCACCACCCCCAUGUAUUGCUGCACCAGCUCCCCCUCCACCUCCGGUGUGCCCAGCUGCCGCUCAUCCUCCGCCCACCCCGCCGGCUGGAUAAUGAUCGCCUGGCUGGCCUUCCCAUCCCGCCCGGCUCGCCCACUUUCCUGUGCAUAAUCCAAUAA